CUGCCCCAUCUGAGGCUCCAGCUACUACAGAGGCUAGAAAGGAGAUCGAGGAGGCAAAUGCUUAGAAGGCAGAGUCUUCCGAGGUCAAACUUGAGCCUGCUACUAGCGACGAGCCCAAGGUUGGCGAUGGCGGCGACAAGACCGAAGUGAAGAUGGAAGAUGCUGUUGCAGAGAUCGAGAACGAUGCGGGCAAUGUCAAGGCCAUGCCCGAGGCUCAGUUCGAGGCUGAGAGCGCUCCGAUCAAGGAGGAACCGAUGAAGGAUGCUCCCGUCGUCGAGGAAGCCAGCGACCAGACCGUUGAGGCUGCAGCUAUCGGCACCACUGACGCUGUCCCAGAAGAGAUUGAAGGCGACAAGACCGAAGAUUCCGUGGUUGAGAACCCUUCUUGAAGCAUUAUAUGGCGUUUACAGGAGCAGUUUUGGCCUGGGGUUGGCAAAAAAGCGUUUGGCCACUGGAAUACGCAGAGGCAUUUGUCCUUGAUGAGCAAACAUCUCAAGUGAGGUUGUUACAAUGGGCUCUGUGCUUCUAUUAUCACGCAAUGAGAAU